AUGCAGUUCAUUCCAGAUGAUGUAGCCAGUCAGGUCAGGAAAUCAGAAAACCACAUGAAAAGUUCAUUUGAUCCAGGUGUGGGGGUGAUUGGACUCUUAUUUCUUAUGUGUGUGUGUGUGUGUUCCGUAGGUGUAAAUGUCUUCUUGAGGAAAAUCGCAGUCGCUGCGGCAUCCAGGCCAUCGGUGGAGAUUAAACAGGAUGGAGAGACACUGUCGAUUCAAACCUCCACCAGCGUUCGCACCACUCAAGUGUCCUUUACUGUGGGUGAGACUUUCAACGAGACCACUGUAGAUGGGCGACCAUGCACGAGCUUUCCAAAAUGGGAAACAGACCGAAAGAUCAGCUGUGAGCAGACACUGGUGAAAGGAGAGGGGCCUAAAACAUCCUGGACACGUGAACUGAACAGUGAUGGACAGCUCAUUCUAACCAUGAGUGCUGGAGAUGUCGAAUGUACCCGUAUGUAUGAACGAGAGUGA